CUAUCAACACAACACCCGCAAGAUGACGGCUUUUAUGAAGGUGCCUAUGUCCACUGGGAUUAGGUGGCUGUUUUAUGCCGUUACACCUAAUGAAACGUCAUUUGAAAAUGUUGAUGAUGUCCCUCGUUACAUCGAGGAUGCUGUUCCAUUCUUUGUAUUUGCUGUUGCCUUGGAAGUGGUGGUCGGGCUGUUAACAGGCAAGCAGGUUUUACGGAUAAACGAUGCCAUUACUUCAGCUGGAGCUGGCUUAAUUUCACUUUUACCAUUGUUAUUGAUGAGAGGAAUUGAAAUAACUGGAUAUGUUUGGGUACAUGAAAGAUUCUGUCUCUAUGAACUGCCGUGGAACUCUGCCUGGACUUGGUGGCUGUGCUUCAUUGCUGUUGACUUCGGCUAUUACUGGUUUCAUAGAAUGGCACAUGAGGUCAACUUUAUGUGGGCAUCCCACCAGACUCACCACAGUGCUGAGGACUACAACCUGAGCACAGCUUUGAGACAGUCAAUUUUGCAGAGGUACCUCUCUUGGAUAUUUUAUUUGCCUUUAGCGUUGUGUGUCCCACCGUCCAUAUAUCUUAUGCAUGUUGAAUUUAAUACAAUUUAUCAGUUUUGGAUUCAUACUCUGAUGAUAAAAUCCUUAGGGCCCCUCGAGUGGAUUUUGAACACCCCAAGUCACCAUCGAGUUCACCAUGGCAGGAAUCCAUACUGUAUAGACAAAAACUAUGCUGGGACUCUAAUAAUUUGGGACCGUCUGUUCGGAACCUUCCAGGCUGAGAAUGAGGAGGUGGUGUACGGACUCACACACCCAAUCAACACAUUUAACCCUAUAGAAGCACAGUUUGGUUAUGUAAAAUAUUUGUGGAGCAGAUUAUGGGAAUUUGACAAUCUAAGUGACAAGGUCUCAUCCCUAGUUAAAGGACCAGGUUGGGCACCUGGUAAACCUAGGCUUGGGAACAUAGAAGACAUUCCAAAGGUAAAGGCACCUGUAAAGAAGUAUGACAGUGGACUGCCUUUGUCAUUGAGUUUAUUUGUGCUGAGUCAUUAUUUGCUGGUUUUGAUUGGUUACCAGGAACUGGUAGCUAGGAAAAGUGGAUUAAGUCAACUAAAUGUUGCAUGUUUCAUUGCUUACAUUGUGCUGUCUCUGACGUGUUUUGGAGCACUAUUUGAUAACAGAUAUUAUGCGCCUUUCCUGGAGUGUUUUCGCUGUGUGCUGUUUGUUGCUUGUGAUCUUUACCUCACGAGGGGCAGGUUGGAGGAGCGUCCAGUCUGGCAGCACUUGAUCCAGUGGUAUUUUCUGUUUUCUGCAUGUCUCUGGGGUCUGCAGGCUGUAAGGAUGCUCAUGAGUCCAAAGAAUGAAAAAGAACAGCAAAAACAGAGUUGAAAUAGUAGUGUUUCAUGGUCCUGUACCCAGUAUGCUUUAUUUUAAAACAUGUUAGUCAUUUUUCAAACCUGUUGUACUGGUAAUUAAGGUCAGAAUAAGAAAAAAUAAGUGUAAAUUGAAUUAAAUUAGCAUCCAGACAAAGUUUGAUUUACACUGAAUAAAAAGAUGCACUACUGGCUAUAAUAUAUGACACAUGAUGUGAUUUAUUGUCUGCAGCCAGAGGUAUGUCACAAAGAUGUUGUAUAUUAAUAUUCAUUACCAUAUACUCUGCUGAAAUUUACUAAGUAUUACUGUCAUGUAUAACGUACCUAGCAUAACAGCGCUCAUGAUUUCUCAAGUGACUGGUGAUAAUUGUCAUAUUCUAUGAAUCAUCAAGUACAGUGCCAAAUUUACAGAAUAUUGUCAUUUCCUUUGAUAGUUUUUACUUUGGUGUUUAAUCACAUUCAUAUGGGGUUAUUAGAUAACAGAUGAUAGAUGCAGUGUUUCCAAUCACAUAUAAUUGAUAUCAUUACUGUUGGUUAUUCUCUUUGAGGUUUUCAUAUAGAAGAAAUGUCUUACUCAGUUAUCAAUAUAAAUUUUUAGUGGUUUAGUUGGUCUUUCUUAAUUUAAUUAAUUUUUUUACCACUGAUAAAGAAGUUAAUGGUUGUGUCCUUGUGUGCUAUAUGGUACACAGGCCUGUAGCCAGUAAUUUUAUUAUUUUGAAAAAGUGGAGCUUUUACUUAUUGCUAUCAACUUUUACUUAUUUCCCCCCCCCCCUCUCCCCCUUGGCUACGGGCCUGGAAUUACAUGCUUGAUCAAGAAUUCUAAAUUGUUGGGGUUGUUAUAUUUACAUCAGGUGCCAUUAUGAGCAUAAACAUCAUAAAAAUUAUAUAUCCACCAGUUUUUAGUACGACAAAUUUCAUGUUUAAACAUUGGAGCACAAUUGCUUGUCAUUGCUCACAAUUGUAUUAAAAUAUGUUUAUUUUUGUAAAAUCAGUGAUAAAAUGUGUAAAUUUAUAUUUCUAA